AUGGCAGUCAGGCUGUCUCCAACUGCGAAUUUGUUUCGCAAAUCUCGACUAUUUGCGCUUCCCCCAACCCUAUCCCCUCCAACCCAAACUGCAUCCUCCAGCCAAAUCACCGAAUCCGAUACAGCUACCAUUCCUUAUCCUAUCCGCGCUGCAAUCGUUACCCCAGAUUCUUCUCUAGCAAGGGGCGAUUGGGGCCUCAAGCGACCCCUACCAGCAAAGUCCACGAUACAGAGUUCAUCGACGCCCGUUGUUCGCAUCAAUGCUCUCGACACAUUCGAGCAUAUCACCGAUUUCGAAUCUGCUGGAGACCAUGUCAAGACCCUAACGAAAUGGCAGGAACUUUCGCUGCCAAUAUCUCUACCCAAGAACAACGGAAUUGCGAUACAGGUUGGUGGGGGAAAUCAUGAGAGCGUUUUCGAAUCUAGAAUCGAUAAUACACAUCAAACUCCCAACGCCGCAUCCCCUAAUUCUAAGAGAUUCAGAUUUGGCGGACCGUGGCUAGCUGGUCAAACAGAUAUUGAAUUCAAUCGGUAUCUAACAUCCGUCCGCCGCCGAAAGCCAGAAUUUAUGAAGACCCUUCGACAGCUCGUUGCGGAGGGGAAAUUAGCCGAUGCGAGACGCAAAGCCCGGGAGGGAGGGGAAAAUCUUGACGGUUUACAAAGUCCCUCAAGUAUCAGUGAGGAGGAGUUCCAGGCCGCGCUAAGAACUUUGAGAGCCGAUCCUACAGCUUUGGGACCUAUAAUUUCCAAAUUUUUGGACCUACCUCCGCCUCCUCAGACACCUAGCCACCGCAUCCAUCUUAGCAGUUGGAGUUCAGCACCCUCCGAAGCUUCAUCUGCCGAGUAUGGCCGCCGGGGGCCACCUCAGACUCAUCCUUCCGCAGGCUUGUCCUAUCUUCGCACGGGCGCUCACAUAGUCAACCACCCCGUUGUUGGGCCACAAAAGCAUCCCCGACCCGUUCCGGCACGUAUUCUUCGACCAAAACGCCGACACAGAGGAAAUGCUUACAAAGCUGUAGUUGGAGUAGGAGGUAUAGUCACAGAAGACGUCAAUAGUCAUGCUUUUAAGGAGCACAAUGGCCCUGGGGGGAUCACCGAUUUUGACCCUGAUGUCCCUGGAGGAGCUAAGUACUGGGUUCAUCCCGUGCGUGCCUCGGUGACCUCAGAAGGCAAAAUCUUUCUUGCAAUUGAUCGAACAUCAGAUACUGUUAAAGCGCUUCAUGGCGGUCUCCCUGAAAGCAGAGCCGCUACCGGACUACGUACGUGGCACUCAAAGGACGUUCGAGGAGUUAGUCCCGAAAAGGUCUGUGAAUCGGGGUACGGCGGGAGAAACCAUAGGCAGCAGCCCGCAAGACAUACUAAACAUCCUCAAAGAGUCGAAAGAGUCGAAGUCGAGUUCUAUCUGAGAUAUAACCUCUGA